AUGCCCUCUGUGCUGUGCAUUGCAUGGAAGAAAACAGUGUAUGAAGCUGGAGGUGAUCAUUUCCUCCUGGGCGAGAACCUGACAGUAGCUGUUCUGGGAGUGGUCAUCCCCAUUGUUCCUAUCGUUGCCACAGUGGUGUUCGGCCUGGUCUGUGCCGGAGUCUACCUGGUGUGGCGGAACUGGCGGCGCAACUCCACCAAGAGCAUGAACUUCGACAACCCCGUCUACCGCAAAACCACCGGCGAGGGCGAGGAGGACGAGAUCCACAUCGGUCGGACCGACGGCAUGGGACACCACGCGCACCAUCACCCGUACCCACAGGGCGUCAGCAUGGGAGUUGUGGGAGCAGGAGGUGGGACCUGCCCGCAGUUCAUUGCACUGCCGCUUGGGGGCAGCAUGCCCGAUCCGGGGACUCACUGGUACACGGAGCAGCCGAUGCUCUCCACCGCUAAGUGAUCUGAGAAGGAGACUUCCGGAGAAGAUGGCCGCUCAGGCACACGCACACACAGUGAGGUCAGGGGGGACUUGGACUGAGUCUGCUGAAGGGACAAACAACAUAUCAUCAAGUCUUACACGCAGCCAUUCACAGCCAUGUACUAUGCCAAUUUCCAUUUGAAAAACAAUAAGUCGUGUCAAACCUUUUCUGUGCUGGAGCUGGGUCUAUUUUUCUUCUGGUAAAUCCUGAGAAUUGAUCACAGAAUUAUAAAAAGCGUGCCAAAAUUGACCUAAGCUGGGAUAUGGAGUCAAACUGGUUCCUGUCAUGAGUCGUCUUUUACAUUGAUAACUUAGUGAGGUGUGUGCUGUGUGUCUUAUAUUUUGUGACAGGGCUAGUGAGAGGUUAUGUUUUGUCCUUGAUGUACUAAUUCUGGCUCUGUGAUUUUCCCAUUGGGCUGUGGAGCUCUGGGAAAACAGUUUAGGAAGGAGAAGGAGCUGUGAAAAUGGGACAGUACCUGCGUUGAUGGGACAAUCUGUACAGAUUCAUGUCAGAAUCAAUCAUAAAUGUCAUUACUGAAGCCGUGUUGUGUAGUUAACAUUGUCCUUGUUGUGUUUUCUGUAAGAGUUUUUAUUCUCAGAUUGAUUUUAAAGAAAGGUUAACACCCACAUCUUGUUAUUUCAUUCAGGUUCAGAGACAAACCUGUAAAAGUGGGUUGUCCAGCGUGUUUCAUAGUGCAGUUUUUUAUUUUUAUUUUACCUCUAAUGUCCCAGAGUUUUGGGAAAGUACAGCAAGUGAGUGGAAAAGAGAAAAUGGACAUAUACAAUCUUUAGAGUGUGGUUUUCUGUGAGCAGAGAGAUUUUGAGGUUCGAGAGAAGUGGAUUACAUUACAGGUGUUCCUUCCUCUUUACUCUGACUUUUUUAGAUGCCGAAUGGUUCGGGAGAAGCAAUAGACUGCAGCUCUUAGUCAGGCCACAGAGUGAAGUGGUUGACAAUAAUUACUUCAGUGUUUUUAUUUUCUUUGAUCACCUGAAUUUGACUGUGACAAACGUGCACAUGAACACACACAUGGGGCGCAGUGAUAGCCGGCUCACGCUAAUCUCCUGAGGACGGAGACAAUGUGCACUUGGCCUCUGAAAACACAAACAGCAUGCAUAAUUGCUCACCAACUGACAGCGCAGCCAUUCAUUGUUCCGGGCAACACACACUCACACACAUAUACACACAUGCAUGCACACUUUCACAGCGAGUGAGAUUCCGCGCCCGCUCGCCUCCUCCUGAGGUGGCCGAUAUCCGAGCAGACAGUUUUGGAUAGUGCCAUGUGGGAGAGCCCAGCUGGUGGCUGCAUGAUGAGAGCGACCUGUCACGUGAUGUAACCACACAAAAACUAAAAUCCGACUGAUGUAAUGGGUAUGAGGCCGACUUGUCCUGUCAGUGAGUAUGUUUCGUGCUGGUUUAUUCCCGUCAUUGAUGCUGUUACUCCAUUCAUACAACUUUAAAGGUUGUGCGUGUGUGCGUGUGUGCGUGCGUGUUCAUUAUUAUGCAUGUGAGUGCUAAUGUUCAUCCCACAGCCAUAUUUGAAACUGUUUUGUAUGCUCUUUGUUGCACAACCCUCUUAGAAUGCCCUCUGUGCUGUGCAUUGCAUGGAAGAAAACAGUGUAUGAAGGUGUGUGUGUGUGUGCUUGUGUGUGUGUGUGCGUGUAUGUGAGAGACUGGAGAAGCUCUGAGGGUGCUUUUUGAUUCAUUGAUUUGUAAAUAUGUUUUCAUAAGGUUUUUGAUAAUGUAUUAUAGGAUUAUGUAAAAGAAAAGCUGUACAUAAGAUUUUAGAUAAAGUGUCGACAGGUAUAUUAAUUUAUUUGUAUAAAGCUCUGCAUUCCCUGAUUGUACCAACUUUGAAUUACCCACCAAAGUGAUUUGUGUUGUUUUCUUGCCGUGCAUUGUUUGCCAUCCAUCUUUAUGUUAACACAUGGUGUCCCCUCUCACAUUCUUGCAACGCCUCCCGACCUCAGUGUUAAAGACAUGAUUGGUUUUUGGUAAUUUGUGCCUUUGUUUACUUUUUAAAUUUUCCCUCGUUGUGUUUUUUUUUUUUCAUUAAAAGGACAGGGAUCACUGUACAGGCAAGAUAUACUGUAAUAAGACCAAACUGCUUUCACUUUUUCAUUUUCUGUAAUGGAUUGCUUUUAAAUAUCUCUAUAUAUUGAUAUAUAAAAUCCAGCUGAAAAUGUC